UCCGCCAUUUGAAGCGAACAAUUGGGGUUUCGUGUCGAGUGCUCGGACGGCGUUUUUACCGGUUUCAAAAAGAAAAGCGUCUCCAGUGGAACGUCGGACGGUGAUCGUUGGAUUGUCGUCGACCCUGUGCCAGGAUCUAGUGUGUUUUCCCUCCCGUGCUCGGAUUAACCGCCGUGUGGAUGUGCCUGGCGAUGUGCUGCUCCCGGAGGCGCGGCGGUUGAUUCGGCCGCCGCGGCCGCCGCCGCCGCGUUGUCUGUCGCCAUGGAAGGCGAAGCCAAAGUGCGGGGCUCCCGCUGUCGGCGCCGCGAAAGGGCCGCCCGGAUGCAAAAGCAGGCGAUGCGCGGCGGUCAGAGUGCCGACGAGGGCGACGAGUCGCCCGGCCGCUCGUCAAAGCCCCCGAGGCCUCCGAACCGCAAGAAAAGGAAUAAGGAGCCCAUCUUUGAGGAGGAUGUCAUCGACGGCUUUGCCAUUCUCAGCUUCAGGACGUACGAGGAUUUGGAGGUAAGUGUUCGCUGUGCAAACUCUGGCGAGGCAGGUACUCGGGGCGCCGGGCGCUUCACCCUAUGGGAUGCGUGACUCUGUACGCGGGGUUUUGUCUUCCGAAGGCAAGUAUGCACGCACAAAAGUUAUGCGCAAGCAUGAAGAGAAGACGGUUGUUUCACCGUCUCUUGUGGCGUGGUGUUUUGCUUUGUUUCAGACUUGCACGUUAUGGAGUACACGUAAUCAAUUACAUUUUUUAAGUUUUGUAAUUGAUUCAGUACUGAUUUAUUCUGUAACGCGCUCACUGCAAUUCCAUUACUUUUUUCAGUGACCAAUUGCAUGUAACCACUUACUUUACUGAAGAGUCA